AAACAACUAACUGUCGCAAUUACGGAAGCUAAGAACAUUGACGACUGAGUGAUAGAAUUCGUAAACAAGAUUUUCUUAACACGUUAAAAUAAAAAUGGAUUAUCAUUCCUUUUAUUUAAUUUUUUUUUCCUUAUUUUCAUCUUUCAUGUUGGCAGAUGCUUACGGGUACAGAUUAAAAGUAGAUUUAAUUAAUAAUGGUCCAGCUGUCCUGGAUUCCAAUAUAACCUUCACUGUAGUAUUGUCCAACCCUUCUGGAAUUGUUCCAUCAGGUCCUUUUUAUUGUACAUUUUAUGAUGAACUUGGACAGUCCUUUACCACAGAAACUUUGAAUGUAGCAACAUUCAACUUUAGUACCAGCUACCCAAGUUCUCAAUAUAAAAAAGGAAAUUAUGUAAUGCAUGUUACUGUAUACAAGACAGAAUUCAUAUUUCCAAUGCCUCAGGGAUCAGCGGCAACCACAUUUGAGCUUACUGAAACAUUGAAUGGGCAUAUUGCUGCUGUUCAGAAGAAUUCUUCUCAACAUUUGUCACCCCAUUUUGUUUCGACUGGGGAAGAAACACAACUAGUAGUUAAAUUUCAUGAUCCUGAACAUUUUCUCAAUCAAGCCCAAGAUCUUAUAUUUUAUUGGUUUGUAAAUGAUGUCAACUAUGGAACUACAAAAACACCAGUAUUGAAGUUCAACUUCACCGAAGUGAAAAAUCAUACCGUUAUGGUUGAUGUAUAUGCCACAUUCGCUGAGCCUACAACAACUACCACAACAACUACGACUUCAACGACUCCAUCGACUAUUAAAACAACCGAGCCUACCACUGCACCGUCGACAACUGCCUUAACGACAUCUUUGCCGACCAAUAGUUCUUCUGUCCUGGUUAUCCGAAGCAAACGUCGGUCACAUUACACUCAUUAUGAGCGUUUCAUUGGCUACAAAGUCGCUCUUUUUACUUUGGAACUGCAAGCUCGAGAUCCUAUUAGUAAUGUCUCGAUUCACGGCAAUAACUGGCUGAAACACGGUGACAUUAUGAACAUGAACAUUUCGUGCAAUGGAUCAGCUCCGUUCUACUAUUGCUGGGCGUUUGAUGGAUUCAUGAACGAAACUACCAAUGCCAGCUGUGAGCUUCCGAUCAAAACUAAUAAAUGCGAAGUCCAGUUGCUGCACUAUUUCAGUAGUCCUGGCCAGUACAUUCUGCCCGUCGUUUUGUAUAAUCAAGUGUUUUACCAAGUGAUUCCGCUCAAAGUCAACAUUUAUGAAGCUGACCGCAAGGCUCAACUCUCCCUAGUGGUGGUCCCCAUUGCGUCCGCCUGUGUGGCAAUCGUCAGUAUCGCUUUUGGAAUUGGACUUUACUUUUAUACUCGUCGCAAUUUGAGGAUAGAAGUGGCCGAUUUUGAUUUUGAAGAAGAAGACGUCGGUAAUCCCGAGUCCUUUUCGGGACGUCUUCGAUCUUCCAUGGUUCAGUACUGGUCUGGUCUGAAGGGCCAAACCCCUCCUGCUAAUACUAGUUACCAGAACAUAACCUUCGAUUGAGUUCGUAAAAUCGAUUGUUUGUUUGUUUGUUUGUUUUUUCAAAAAAGCGAACGUCAAUUCCUCCUUUGCCUCUAUUAUCGACUUUAAUCUCGUCAUUCCCUUUGGUCGUCGUUUCCGCCUCGCCAAUUUUGUGUUGUUGUUGCCAAUAUUCGCCAUCCCGAUAUUGUAGUAAUAUCACACUUGGAUUUCAUUCUUCGUUUGGCCAACGGGGCGACACGUAAUCUUACAUUAUUAUUAUUAUUGAGAAAAAAGCCUGUGAUAAUGGCAUCAUCCGAAUGUAUCGAGUUAAUUUCUACCCGCAACCGCCUCCUAUAUCCUCGCCACCCUAAAAUGGAGAAAAGAAAAAGAGAAAUCUAAAAUAAAAUGUUAAACGCAA